AUGUCGCCGCUCGCCGCCGCCGAGAGCGCCCCGGCAGCGCCGCGGCCCGGCCGGUGCCUCUGCCCGGAGCCGGACCGGGACCCGAACCGGGACCAGAACCGGGACUGGGACCCGAACCGGGACCAGAACCGGGACCCGAACCGGGACCAGAACCGGGACCCGAACCGGGACCCGAACCGGGACUGGGACAAGAACCGCGACCCGAACCGGGACCCGAACCGGGACUGGGACCAGAACCGGGACCCGAACCGGGACCAGAACCGGGACUGGGACCCGAACCGGGACCCGAACCGGGACCCGAACCGGGACCCGAACCGGGACUGGGACCCGAACCGGGACCAGAACCGGGACCAGAACCGGGACUGGGACAAGAAUCGCGACCCGAACCGGGACUGGCACCAGGAGCGGGACAUGAACCGGGACCAGAACCGGGACCCGAACCGGGACCAGAACCGGGACUGGGACCAGAACCGGGACCCGAACCGGGACUGGGACAAGAACCGCGACCCGAACCGGGACCAGAACCGGGACCCGAACCGGGACUGGGACAAGAAUCGCGACCCGAACCGGGACUGGCACCAGGAGCGGGACAUGAACCGGGACCCGAACCGGGACUGGGACAAGAACCGGGACCCGAACGGGCACCAGAACCAGAACUGGGACAUGAACCGGGACCCGAACCGGGACCAGAACCGGGACUGGCACCAGGAGCGGGACAUGAACCGGGACAUGAACCGGGACCAGAACGGGCACCAGAACCAGAACUGGGACAUGAACCGGGACCAGAACCCGCACCAGAACCAGAACUGGGACCGGGACCGGAACGGGGACCGGAACUGGGACAUGAACCGGGACCAGAACGGGCACCAGAGCUGGGACCAGAACCGGGACCAGAACCGGGACCGGAACCCGCACCAGAACCAGAACUGGGACCGGAACGGGGACCGGAACUGGGACAUGUACCGGGACCGGCACCAGAGCUGGGACAUGAACCGGGACCGGAACUGGGACCAGAACCGGGAGAAGAACCGGGAGCAGGAGUGGGAGCGGGACCAGGACCAGGACUUGGAGCAGAGCUGGGUCGCUCCGCGGCCGGGGGAGCGGUGCCGGUGCCGGUGCCGGUGCCGGUGCCGGUGCCGGUGCCGCCGGUGCCGCUGCCGCCGCCUGCUCCCGGCGCUCGCCGCCCUGGCCGCGCUGGCCGCGCUCGGAGCCGCCGCCGCCGCCGCCGCCGCCCUGGGGGCGCUCCGGGGGCAGCCCCCGGUGCAGGCUGCCACCGCCGCCCACGUCCUGCUCAGUGCCGGCUCGCUGUCACCGUCCCCACGCUGGCGUUACCAGGACGGCGUCCGGGGCGUCUUCCUCAGCGGCGACAUCCGGCCGGACCCCUCGGGGACACUUCGUGUCACCUCCGGUGGCCUCUACCUCCUCUACGGCCAGCUGGGCGUCACCUGCGCCGCGGCCACCUGUCCCCAAGGCGGUGUCACCCUCUGGCUGCGCGGCUCCGCGUCCCCGAGGCCGCUGCUGGCCGUGCCACUGUCCCUGCCGGCGGCCACCGGCGGCCACCGCCAGCGGUCAGCGCUGGCCCAGGCCGUGGGACAGCUGUGGCCUGGGGACACCCUGAGCCUCGAGCUGGUUGGGGACAUUGUCGGGGACACCGCUGGGGACACCGUCGGGGACACCGUCGGGGACACCGUUGGGGACACGGGCGGGUGGCAGCUGGAGCAGGAGGAGCGCGAGGGAAACUUCGUGGGGCUGCUGCGCAUCGCGGGCGGGUGACAACGGGUGACAGCGGGUGGUGGCACCCGGUGGUGACAGGGGGGUGGCCGGCCUGGUGUCCUGCCGGUCGCCCGCCGGGGCGGGGCUCGGGGACAUCUGGGAGUCCCGAGGGUGGAGGUUUGGGGACGUCGAGGGACG